CUACGAAUCGCAUGAAAAGCGGCAUUGAGUGAGAGUGCUCCCUCUCCUCUCUUCUCUUCUGUUCAAACAAUGUCGCAAACGUUGCAUGCUUUCGUCGCCAAAAAUCUUGGCUGUGGAAUGGCAGAAGGCAAGUGUCUCCCAUGUUCAGGUGUUUCUGGAAGAACUGCUGCUGUAUAUUCCUACUCUUCUCUAGGUCAUCACAGAAUUCAUUCCCGUGUCCAAGUUAGAGGACUAAAGUGUGGCUUUAGGGGUGCAUCUUUUGUAUGUGAAGCAAAGAGGAACCCAGAUUUCUCAAGGCAAAACAAGCACGGGUCCUCCAGAAGCAGAAAUCGGAACAGUGAUGGGAGAGACAGCUUUGAGAGCUUUGACGACGAUAUGUUUUCAUUAAAAAAUGGACCGCCUGUGUCUCUUUCAACCUCAGGAAAAUUCCAGGCCACUUCAGCCCCUGGUCCUAGGGAGAAGGAGAUUGUUGAGCUAUUUAGGAAGGUCCAGGCUCGGCUGCGUGAGAGGGCUGCUUCCAAAGAAGAAAAGAAAGUUGAAGCCUCCCGAGCGCAAAGUAAAGAGAACAGUACUGUAGAUUCGCUCCUCAAACUACUGAAGAAACACUCUGUUGAGCAAGUGAAGAGAAGUAGUGGGGGAGGCAGAGGAAAAGAUUUUAGUUCGGACCAAAUGCAAGAAAGUAACCAAUAUGAUGGAGGACGAAAUGCUAAAAUUUCUGAUUUGGAUAGUACUCCUAAGGAUGAGCCCCAAGAGGACAAUGUCUUCUCCUCCUCGGUAGCCAGGCCUCGGUCAAAUUUCCAAAGAAGGUCUCCCGUUCCUCGUGUAAAAUACCAGCCUGUCUCUAACGAUGAGGAUGAUACGGAUGUAGUGCCAGUAGGUAGUGAGGAUACAGAGAACAAUCAGGAUCAGAUAGAUUUGAAGCUUGAUGAUGAAGCCGAGUCUGACUCUGAAUCUGAUGUUGAUUCAAAGGAUGAGCUGUUCUUCCCAAACAUAGGGAUGGCUGAAUUGUCUGAGGAUGAUGACUCCGAGCAAACCUAUACUGAUGAAAGUGUGGAGGAGCAGCCGGUGGCUCAACAUGAGGAUUUUAGUGCACUGAAGCUGUCCGAAUUGAGGGCACUUGCAAAGACUCGUGGCCUGAAAGGAUUCUCAAAAAUGAAGAAGAGUGACCUCAUGGAGUUGCUAACUGAGACCUGAUUCUGAUGGAUGAUAUACGAGAAGAAAAAGGGUCAAAACAACACAUGCCAUAGUAACAUAGAUUUUUUUUCUUUUCUUGUUUUUGACUUGACAUUCUAUCUGAUGUUUCUUUGUGUUUUUUUUUUUUUUUGCCACUCUAAUAUAAUUUUUCCAAGUACUUGAGGUUGAGAUUUUGUGAAACAUUAGAGUAAUCAUGAUAUCUUUGCCUCGGAGAAUUUUUAAAUUUGUAGUUAUAUUCCCGGGAUGAUAUCUUGUAGCUUUUGGUUAUUGAGAGAUUACAUCAUUGUCCUAGUAUUUUGUUUA